AUGGAGGCUCUUCCAGAAUACGACGGUUCGCAAGAUCCAAAAGACUGGGUAAAUAAGAUUCGGGCAUAUUGCCUCCUUCAUAGAACAUUCGCAGAAUACGAAAUGGUAGAUAUUGCCUUGCUUCGGGUCAACAAAACCAUAGAAUUCGAUAAGAAUAUAUCCACUCUGGAGGAUCUCGUCUCUGCAUUACGUUCGUGCAAACAGUAUAAACUACACUUAAAAGGCAUUAGAGAUAAAUUGUCGGUAAUCAAGUACAAUGGCAGAGACGAUUUGCUUGGCUUUAUUAAUCUGAUACGAAACUGGGUUUUUGAGCUCGGCUUGAAAAACGAUGUGAAAUUUGUACGGAAAUGCUUGAUCAAUGCAUCCAUGAACAAGACAAUCAGGAAGAACUUUGAAGAAAAGUCGAGUGAUAUAGCUGAUGUGGGAACUUUACUAGAAACAUUCUACGACUUAAACGCCAGCUUAAACCAAUGUAUAAGAUAUGGUGACACCAUUAUAUUACAGCAUGUUCGCACCGAAAAUUACCUCUCGAGUAAUAUCGAUCGCUACUCCUCCGGGAGUAAAUUUCAAAUUGUGUAUGGGAACAAGAAUACAUACGAUAGGGACAAUUAUUGGAUGGUACAACAGGUAGAACGUUCACAGGAAGAAUACGUAAGGUACAACACAAGAAUAACGUUACGGCAUGUUGCAACCGGGGAGAUGCUAAGUUCGCAUGUAAUAACUUCCCCAGUAACGGCUCAGCAAGAAGUUUGCUGCUUCGGUCAACACGAUUCGAACAAUUAUUGGACACCGUUAUCAACGUCUAAUCCAGAAAGCGAUGACUUUUGGAAAAUUGAUGAUAUAGUAAACAUAAAGCAUAUCGAAACCAAUGGCAAGCUUCACAGUCAUAGAAGAUUGUUGGAUGACGGUAGGCAAGAAGUGACGUGUUAUCCCCAUAACGACUCUAAUGAUAAUUGGCAAGUUGUACUUAAGGAUUAG